AUGCAAUCUCUCACGGGCUCUCACGCAUUCCCCCGCGCUCCCUCUCGCGCACUCUGUGCAUUCUCUCUCACGCGCUCUCUCUCGCACACUCUCACGCGCUUCUUUGAUGCAAUCUCUCACGCGCUCCCUCAUGCGCUCUCUGACACACUCUCUCAUGCACUCUCUCACACGCUCUCUCACGCGCUCCUCACGCGCUCUCACGCGCUCUCUCACGCGCUCUCUCACGCGCUCUCUCACGCGCUCUCUCACGCGCUCUCUCACGCGCUCGUGCUCUCUCACGCGCACUCUCACGCGCACUCUCACGCGCACUCUCACGCGCUCUCUCACGCGCUCUCUCACGCGCUCUCUCACGCGCUCUCUCACGCGCUCUCUCACGCGCUCUCUGACGCACUCUCUCACGCACUCUCUCAUGCGCUCUCUCAUGCGCUCUCUCGCGCGCUCGUGCUCUCUCACGCGCACUCUCACACGCACUCUGACGCGCACUCUCACGCGCACUCUCACGCGCACUCUCACACGCUCGCUCACGCGCUCUCACGCGCUCACGCGCUCUCUCACGCACUCUCUCACGCGCUCUCUGACGCACUCUCUCACGCACUCUCUCACGCGCUCUCUCAUGCGCUCUCUCGCGCGCUCCUUACGGAACUGCAAGUCCACAAUUUUGUUUCCGUUCAUCCGAGGUCCGAUGGUCAAGCCGCUGUCGUGGUCGUCAACAGGAGGGCGUGUGACCCACCUCUCCUUCGAGCCGCGCGUAGAGACUUAUUAUCCCCUGUCACUGGCUCUCUCACGUGCUCUCACGCUCUCUCUCACGUGCUCUCUCACGCGCUCUCUACUGCACUCUCUGACGCACUCUCGAACACGCUCUCUCACGCGCUCUCUCAAGCGCACUCUCACGCGCUCCCUCACACGCUCUCUCUCGCGCAACCUCUCGCGCACUCUCACGCGCAUUCUCUCUCUCACGUGCUCUCUCGCACGCUCUUUCACAGGCUCUCUCGCUCGCACUCUCAUGCGCCCUCUCACGCGCUCUCUCACGCGCACUCACGCACUCUCUCACACGCUCUCUCACACAAUCUCUCACUCACACACUCACGGGCUCUCACGCAUUCCCUCGCGCUCCCUCUCGCGCACUCUAAUGUGCAUUCUCUCUCAUGCGCUCUCUCUCACACACUCUCACGCACUCUCACGCGCUUCUUUGAUGCAAUCUCUCACACGCUCUCUCACGCGCUCUCUCACUCGCUCUCUCACGCGCUCUCUCAGACGCUCUCUCACGCGUUCUCUCACGUGCUCUCACAUGUGCUCCCUCACGCGCUCUCUCACGCACGCGAUCUCUCACGCACACUCUCACGCGCUUCCUCACGCUCUCUCUCACGUGCUCUCUCACCCGCUCUUACACGCACUCGCAUGCGCUCCCUCACGCGCUCUCUGACGCGCUCUCUCACGCGCUCUCUCACACGCUCGCGCUCUCUCACGCGCACUCUCACGCGCACUCUCACGCGCACUCUCACGCGCACUCUCACGCGCUCUCUCACGCGCUCUCCCACGUGCUCUCUCACGCGCUCUCUCACGCGCUCUCUCACGCGCACUCUCACGCGCUCUCUCACGCGCUCUCUCAUGUGCUCUCAUGUGCUCUCACACGCUCUCUCACGCACUCUCUCACGCUCUCUCACGUGCUCUCACGCUCUCUCUCAUGCGCUCCCUCACACGCUCUCUCACGUGCACUCUCACGCGCUCUCUCACACGCUCUCUCACACGCUCUCUCAUGCAAUCUCUCAUGCAAUCUCUCACGGGCUCUCACGCAUUCCCCCGCGCUCCCUCUCGUGCACUCUCUUGUGCAUUCUCUCUCAUGCGCUCUCUGACGCACACUCUCUCGCACACUCUCACGCACUCUCACGUGCUCUCACACGUGCUUUCUCACGCGCUCUCUCACGCACGCACUCUCUCACGCACACUCUCACGCGCUCUCUCACGGGCUCUCUCAUGUGCUCUCACGCUCUCUCUCACGUGCUCUCUCACCCGCUCUUUUACACGCUCUCGCAUGCGCACUCGCAUGCGCACUCUCACGCGCUCUCUCACGCGCUCUCUCACGCGCUCUCUCACGCGCGCGCGCGCUCUCACGCAACUCUCACGCGCACUCUCACGCGCACUCUCACGCGCUCUCUCACGCGCUCUCCCACGUGCUCUCUGACGCGCUCUCUCACGCGCACUCUCACGCGCUCUCUCACGCGCUCUCUCAUGUGCUCUCACGCGCUCUCUCACGUGCUCUCUCACCCGCUCCCUCACCACUCUCGCAUGCGCACUCUCACGCGCUCUCCGACGCACUCUCUCACGCGCUCUCUCACGUGCUCUCCCACCCGCUCUCUCAAGCGCUCGUGCUCUCUCACACGCACUCUCACGCGCACUCUCACACGCACUCUCACGCGCACUCUCACGCGCUCGCUUACGCGCUCUCUCACGCGCUCUCUCACGCGCUCUCUCACGCGCUCUAACACGCGCACUCUCACGCGCUCUCUCACGCGCUCUCUCAUGCAAUCUCUCACGGGCUCUCACGCAUUCCCCCGCGCUCCCUCUCGCGCACUCUCUCUCUCACGCGCUCGCUCACGCGCUCUCACGCGCUCUCUCACGCGCUCUCUCACGCGCUCUCUCACGCGCACUCUCACGCGCUCUCUGACGCACUCUCUCACGCACUCUCUCACGCGCUCGUGCUCUCUCACGCGCACUCUCACGCGCACUCUCACGCGCACUCUCACACGCUCGCUCACGCACUCUCACGCGCUCACGCGCUCUCUCACGCACUCUCUCACGCGCUCUCUGACGCACUCUCUCACGCACUCUCUCACGCGCUCUCUCAUGCGCUCUCUCGCGCGCUCGUGCUCUCUCACGCGCACUCUCACACGCACUCUCACGCGCUCGCUCACGCGCUCUCACGCGCUCUCUCACGCGCUCUCUCACGCGCUCUCUCACGCGCACUCUCACGCGCACUCUCACGCGCACUCUGACACGCACUCUCACGCGCACUCUCACGCGCUCUCUCACGCGCUCUCUCACGCGCUCUCUCACGCGCUCUCUCACGCGCUCUCUCACGCGCUCUCUCAUACGCUCUCUCAUGCAAUCUCUCACGGGCUCUCACGCAUUCCCCCGCGCUCCCUCUCGCGCACUCUCUGUGCAUUCUCUCUCACGCGCUCUCUUUCGUACACUCUCACGCGCUUCUUUGAUGCAAUCUCUCACGCGCUCUCUCACGCGCUCUCUGACGCACUCUCUCACGCACUCUCUCACGCGCUCUCUCACGCGCUCUCUCACGCGCUCUCUCAUGCGCUCGUGCUCUCUCACGCGCACUCUCACGCGCACUCUCACGCGCACUCUCACGCGCACUCUCACGCGCACUCUCACGCGCUCUCUCACGCGCUCUCUCACGCGCUCUCUCACGCGCUCUCUCACGCGCUCCCUCACGCGCUCUCUCACACGCAUUCCCCCGCGCUCCCUCUCGCGCACUCUCUUGUGCAUUCUCUCUCACGCGCUCUCUCUCGCACACUCUCAUGCACUUUGACGCGCUUCUUUGAUGCAAUCACUCACACGCUCUCUCACGCGCUCUCCCACGCGCUCUUAAACACGCGCCCUCUCACGCGCUCUCUCACGCGCUCUCUCACGGGCUCUCACACGCUCUCUCACGUGCUCACUCUCGUGCACUCUCUUGCGCAAGGCGAUGGCAGGAAGGAGGGAGAGGCGAUGGCGGGGAGGAGGGAGAGGCGACGGCGGGGAGGAGGGAGAGGCGACGGCGGGGAGGAGGGAGAGGCGACGGCGGGGAGGAGGGAGAGGCGACGGCGGGGAGGAGGGAGAGGCGACUGCGGGAUAGGAGGAGGUGGCGGCGGCGGGAUUGGAGAAGAGGCGGCGGCGGGAUUGGAGAAGAGGCGGCGGCGGGAUAAGAGCGAGUGGCGACGGCAGGGUGGGAGAGUAGUCAACCCACACACGCUCCCUCUCACGCUCUCUCACGCGCUCUCUCAUGCGCUCCCUCACACGCCUCUCACGCGCUCUCUCGUGACUCUCACGCGCUCUCUGACACUCUCUGACGUGCUCUCUCAUGCGCACACUCACGCGCUCUCACUCGCUCACUCACGCGCUCUCUCACGCGCUCCCUCACGCGCUCUCACACGUGCUCUCUCACGCGCUCUCUCAUGCACGCGAUCUCUCACGCACACUCUCACGCGCUCCCUCACAGGCUCUCUCACGUGCUCUCACGCUCUCUCUCACGUGCUCUCUCACGCGCUCUCUACUGCACUCUCUGACGCACUCUCGAACACGCUCUCUCACGCGCUCUCUCAAGCGCACUCUCACGCGCUCCCUCACACGCUCUCUCUCGCGCAACCUCUCGCGCACUCUCACGCGCAUUCUCUCUCUCACGUGCUCUCUCGCACGCUCUUUCACAGGCUCUCUCGCUCGCACUCUCAUGCGCCCUCUCACGCGCUCUCUCACGCGCACUCACGCACUCUCUCACACGCUCUCUCACACAAUCUCUCACUCACACUCUCACGGGCUCUCACGCAUUCCCUCGCGCUCCCUCUCGCGCACUCUAAUGUGCAUUCUCUCUCAUGCGCUCUCUCUCACACACUCUCACGCACUCUCACGCGCUUCUUUGAUGCAAUCUCUCACACGCUCUCUCACGCGCUCUCUCACGCGCUCUCUCAGACGCUCUCUCACGCGUUCUCUCACGUGCUCUCACACGUGCUCCCUCACGCGCUCUCUCACGCACGCGAUCUCUCACGCACACUCUCACGCGCUCCCUCACGCUCUCUCUCACGUGCUCUCACGCUCUCUCUCACGUGCUCUCUCACGCGCUCUCUACUGCACUCUCUGACGCACUCUCGAACACGCUCUCUCACGCGCUCUCUCAAGCGCACUCUCACGCGCUCCCUCACACGCUCUCUCUCGCGCAACCUCUCGCGCACUCUCACGCGCAUUCUCUCUCUCACGUGCUCUCUCGCACGCUCUUUCACAGGCUCUCUCGCUCGCACUCUCAUGCGCCCUCUCACGCGCUCUCUCACGCGCACUCACGCACUCUCUCACACGCUCUCUCACACAAUCUCUCACUCACACACUCACGGGCUCUCACGCAUUCCCUCGCGCUCCCUCUCGCGCACUCUAAU